CUCACAAUCAGUUUGCACAGACUGGGCGACACACACUUGCGCUACCAGAUUGUAGUCGAAGAUCAGGCAUUGAUAGAAAAAGUGGAAACCGAGUAACAAUUGAAUGAGAGGCCUCAACCAUACGCAAACCAUGUAUUCCCAAUGAAUGGCUGAUCCUUGUCGACUCCUAACCGGUAGCCUUGACAUCUGCGAGUCGGGCUUACCUCUGUGAAGUAGUGGACUUCCCUCACCCAAGUCUCUCUUCGUCAGCACAUUAGAGUUCCCCAAUUCACUUCAGGAGGAUUUCACCAGCGCCAUCUAACGGAACAUUUACAACCUCCAUCAAGCCCCUAAACUGCAGGAGUGUCGUUUCUUUGAUGGCUAAUCCACCCCCGGAACCAUCACCCACGCAAGUCAACGUGGCGGCAGAGGAUGAUAGGGAUAUUUUCCUGGCCUGCCUCAAGGAAUUUAAGGAGCUCGGUCAGAAGCUGGAUCGCAUCAUCACCUCAGCUGAACGUCAGAAGCCUGAUUGCACCCUCGCCUCAGCUGAACUAGUGGGCGAUGUUGCUCAUCCAUCACAUUCUGGCCCGGGAAAUGAGGAAAUCGAGGAUAUCCAGUUUGAGUUUGAGGGAUUUCAACGCGGGAUGGCGAAGCUCAGCAGAGCCGUGACACACAUCGCCGACACUGUCAAGAAUCUCAAAUCCGCGUAUCAUCUGAUUCGAAUAUCGGAAGAAUUUCGCUCUCGCUUGGCGUUGGUUUUCCGUAUUCUGCCCCUCAUUGCUUCUCCAUCAUCAAGUGCCAAACUGAAGAAGCAGUGGCUUGAUCGGCCAUUACCAUCCUUACCCAUGCAGUUUUGGACGCCAGCCCAAGUCAUCCGCGAGAGUACUUAUCUUGAUGAGACUAUCACUGGUACUCCAGAUCGGAAAGCUCUCUCCACGGGACUUCAGAAGCUUGGCCAAGGAGUCGAUGUCUUCAAUGCUGCAUUGAAAGGCCUUUCUGGGUUUCAUGAUAUUCCAGGCUAUAACGCAAAGGAGAUUGACCUCUCAUUGCAAAAUUUCGCUCAAGAUCUGAAAUAUUGGGGCCGUAACUUGAACAACUUCCAUGGAGAAACACUUCCGCACCACGUUCGGGCACACGUCGCCAUCAUUCCGGGAAAAAUAGCAGAUCACCUAGUUGGGGUCACAGGCGCUCUUGAGACAUUCAUUCACUUGGGUUUGCCGAUUGUAUUACGUUCUGAACGGGAUUCGACAUUUCAAAAUUUGUCGACAGUCGCAGCCCUCUUUGCGAGUGUAUCCGCAACGACCAUUCAAUUCAGCUACACACAAGCGGGUACGGGGAUCGAACAGGCAGUCAACGUCCUCUGGAUCGUCUCGCUUGUUUUUGCCAUUGCGAGUGCCAUCAACAGUCAACUGAGUUAUCAAUGGUCUUCAGUAGUAUUCUCGACUCCGAUGUCGGCCCUCUCAUGGUGGGGAUCCCUGUGGAUUCGCCGAAUGCCCCUCAUCUUUCUUGUUCUCUCUGUAAUAUCGUUCUCCGCGGGCAUUGUGUGCUUCACAUUCUCUAAUUUUGCGAGUCACCCGAUCAUCCCAGUCUGUGUCACGGCUGCUUCAGCAGUCUCGGCAGCAGCACUGUUCUACGUUGGACUCUGGUUCAUUGUAGAGUAUUUUGUAUUUGGGAGCAGAAAGAAGACAGGGGAUGAACUUGAUUAUUUGUCUGGUUCAGCAUGGGAUUUGGCGAGCGAUUGGAUUCUGAAAGUUCUUCGAAGGGCCUAUCGGCCAGCUGCACUGUGGUGCUCUUAUAAUCGAGAUUGGUUCCUCCUGAUAUUCGGUAUUGCCAUCUUGCCUAUGACUUUAGUCAUCAUUUUCUGUCUCUUUCUUAACGAAAAGUUUGGCAUAGAGGUCGGCGAAGUAUGGGGGCAUGUUUGCGAUUUCUUUCGGCAGCUUAAGGAUCUUGCAUGGAAUUGGUGCCGGCGACGCUUAACCAGACGCAGUUCCAUUCUUCCUACGACGUCCGAUACUUCAAGCCAGCACAAUGCGAUGGAGACGCGAGAAGAUAAUGACCAACCGCGGUCCAAUGUUGGAGGUAAUGAUGCUGAGGCACAUGCUGUCGCUCAGCUCAGACUGAAUAUCAGGAUGAUCCAACGGAGCCUGGAACUAGGCGAUGGUCCCUCGAACCCAACUUCUCCCAUCCAAAAAUUUCGUAGUGCGGUCAUCAAAGUAAUCAUGGAAAAACGUCAUGCCAGGGCGGAGGCCAAACAGAAGAUGACAUCGGCACUACAGUCCUUAUCUCCAACUCGGUUGCCACGGGAACACAAGACAAUGAUUUAUGACAUCAACUUUCACGACGACCAUUACCUUAUUACUUUUUCAGGGCACGAAGACGAUGUAUUAAUCUGGGAAGCGAACCAAAUGGAAGCGAAGGUCGUUGAGCGAGUGAAUUUUCUGCGGCACGGAUCGUCUGAGGGUCACAUGGAAACAAUUCAAGUCAUGUUUUUGAGAGAGAAUUUAGUGUUCAUAAUUAGUGGGUCGUUUCUUCAGCAGUCGUCGCCACUGCAGCUGCAGUUCUGGCGGCUGCGGCGGCAUCUCCUGGCGCUUCUGAGGCCUAAGUGGCUUCAGUGGGAUUCUAUAGAGCGUGUCAGAUGGGUUCCUGAGGGUACACGUCUCCCCUUUUUAGGAUUUGUUGACUACGCACUCGAGGAUGCUGUUCUCACCCAGGAUGGAACCAAGUUAUUGGGGAUAGCUACAGUGAGUGCCACGGCGGACAAAGAUUAUCUCAAGCCAUCAAAUUCCCCUUCAGAAUGUCGAAUCAUUAUCUAUGAUGUCGAGAAGAAGAAGACUAUUUUCGAAAUUCCCACCUUUGACUCCAUACGGAGGAUGAGCCUAUCUUACUCGGGCAAGCGUUUACUUGUUAUGUCUGAUGGCAAUACGCCACCACGCCUGUUCCUAGUUCACUCUACGUGGCUUGUCCCAUUGCACACCUUCUACCUUCAAGAUGAGACGGAAUACCCAAUUUAUGGCCAGUUUGGAAUUCGGAGCCCUGCCCUCGUGGCAGAUGGGUCCGAGGAAGAUCAAAUCAUUAUUUGCGCUAACAAACGAGGGAAAAUCUUCAUAUGGCACCGCGAAUCGUAUCACCUCCUCCACUCGUUCGCAAUUUCGAUUCCCAGAGGCGCCGAAGUCAGUGGGGUGACUUUUGGCUGCGAGCGCUUGGUGGACUACAGCUAUCUCAGGGUGGCAGCUGCAUGCACCGAUGGAACCGUCAUCAUGUGGAGCACGAAAUGGGAUCACCCCGAUUCUUCUGUCCUCACUGAUGUACUUCCGGGAGCAAGCGAAGAAGCCACUGGAGGAACUAUUAAAGAAGUUACUGAAGGGGCUGGUGAAAGCGUCGCCGAAAAGACUGUUAUAGAAGUUUAAGGUCGUUCACAAGUCCCUCCCCUUCGUUGCCACCUUUCCUAUUAUCACCCAAUUCCGAGUGUCAUUGUAUUUCUGUGAUCCAGUUUCCUGAAGCUCAAGAUCUAUCUAAAGAAGGUACCCCCAACAAUCCCCGUCGGGAGUGCACUGUGAUAACCCCCUUGCAUGGAGUACACCGUUUUGUCCCUUAGCCACUUCGAUCUGCAUUGCGAUGUGUUGACCCUUCAGGGAUGUCUUUAAUCACUCAUUGAAUCAUUUGUGUACGCUGUUGAAAUCUUGGUUUUUUUGGGAGUUAUAGUGCGCG